UUGUUAAGAUACAAGGCGACAUUCGUUAACUUUUGUGUGGACUGAUACGUUUUUUUAAAUGGGGCUGUUACUUUUAGUAUUUAUACUUCUGCUGGACCAGAUUUACAGCAGUGGAGUUGGUCAGAUUAAAUUCAUCAAGUAUGUGGACUACUCUGAUUGUGGUGAACCAUGUGAUUUUUACUUUAAACCACUAAUAAUCCGAGAUGAAGACGGCAACACUCUCAAAAACAUACCGAAGACUGCUAGUACAAGUAACACGAAGACAGUUAAUUUAACAUUGGUGGAAGAGCUGAAAAACCCUAUUGAGAUCACUGUUCCAACAAACAAAACGGUGAACAUUUUUACCUCAGUUUGGGAUAAAGACGGAGGUGCAUACGGUGCUGAUGAUUGGAUAAGAAAUAUUACCAACUUUAAGAUUCCUCUCGAAACAUGGUCGGUUAAUCAAGACUGGGAACAAGCAAUUCAGACCAAAAGGAACCAGGGAAUGCAAUUUACGGUCAGCUACAGAUUGUUAAGUUGUACUGUUAAUUUCACCGGAGUAGGAUGCAAUUUCUGUGUGAAUGACCAAUACACUGACCAGUGUAACGCGUACUGUAAACAGGACCUUAACUAUUACACGUGUGAUCCGACAACAGGAGGGAAGAUCUGCGUAGCAGGCAAAAAGGGAGACAACUGUGAUGAGUGUGAAAACGGAAAGAUUGGAGAGAACUGUGACCAAUGUAAAAGUAACUUUGCAGGAGAUGAUUGUGACACAUGUGCUGAAGGGUUCUACCCUAAAGGAACAUGUGGUGUGUAUUGUAUUCCAGACGGAGAGAAUUACACUUGCAAUGAUGAAGGAGAGAAGCAGUGUCGUGGUAAUAGAGAUGGUGAGGAAUGUGAUGAAUGUAAACCUAACUUUUACAAAGAGGACUGCUCGAUCAUCUGCAAAGAAAAUGAGUUCUACAAUUGUACUGAAGAUGGAGAGAAGGUCUGUCACAACUCCACUGCCAAAUUGGAGGACAACUGUGGGCGCCCAGAUGAAGAAGAGAAAAAAGACAAAGAAGAUGAAGAGAUCGGAGCAUCUAAUAACACUUUACUUAUUGGGAUAACAGGAGGAGGUGGACUGCUUCUCUUCCUCGUGAUACUUGUGAUAACACUGUUAAUCAGAAGACAAAGAAGACAAAAGGAGGAGAAACCCAACAUUGGAGAUGGAAAUGUUGUUAACCCAGACAACGACCCUGGUGCUUUAUACUCAACAAUAAACAAACCACAACUCUACCCCACAGUCAACAAACAGCGAUUGUCAGCGGAGGAACAAGACGUGUACUCUCGUCUGGACAGACCAGGGGAAUGUAACAAACCUCAACAACCCUCCAGCGAGCCCGCUCAAGAUGGGGAGAUGUAUGCUGAUGUAGCGUUUGUGAAGAACAGAGGGAAAGAUGAUGUGGUGAUUUUUAGGAAUCCUUGUGCUGAAAGGGUCGGGGAGAAUGGGGAAGAUGCUACUUACAUUACAGUAACUGAACUGAAUUGAGUCUGUAAUAAAGUUUAGGACACACUUAAUGCAAAAGAUAAAAGCUUAUCUAUUAGAAUUUAGACGUGUUAGUGAUAUGACAGGUGAUGCCACAUUCUUCAUCAUAGUCAGUCCUAUUUGCAUUCGAUACAGGCUACAGCUUAUGAUAAUUUUUCCAUAAAAAUUUGAUUAUUUGUUUUAAUGCAAAUUAUUUUUUGUUAAAUUAAAAAUAUGUUAGAUUGUGUUUCAUAUCAUAUUAUCUUAACUCAGAAGAAACAAUUUUGUUUUUAUUUUGAGGAUUACCGCAUUUGAUUAUUUAACUUAAGUUCAAUUUUUGUUUAAUCAUUGCUUUUAAGCUCUUUAGCUGAUAAACCGACUCUAACGUCUUGAUAACAACAAUUACGUACUCCUUUUCUAUUACGUUUAAAGCUAAAAAAGGUUUUAUCGCUGUUAGGGUUACAUAUUAUAGUACAAAAAGUGCUCCGCCAGUUAUUGAAUAUUGAGAUUUAUUGGUAGUAAUAUUAUAUAGAAUUAACCUUUUUCACCUAUUUGUUG